GUAUAUAUAAAAACGACGAAGUCGAAAAUGGCGUGUAUUUGGUCGUUCAUUUCUUUCGUCUCUUUCUCUCUGUUUUCUUCUUUUUCAUAACAGAUUUUUCAGAUAUUCAUUCAUUCAUUCAGAUCUGAAAAAUUUCAUUGAAACAGAGAGAAAGAAAAGAAACCGAUCCAUUUCUCUCAUAAAUGGCGACGGUUUCACCUCUCGCCAAAUACAAGCUCGUUUUCUUAGGCGAUCAAUCCGUUGGCAAAACCAGUAUCAUCACCCGCUUCAUGUACGACAAAUUUGACACCACCUAUCAGGCUACCAUCGGUAUUGAUUUUUUGUCGAAAACAAUGUACCUUGAAGAUAGAACUGUUCGUUUGCAGCUUUGGGAUACUGCAGGCCAAGAAAGAUUUAGAAGUCUCAUUCCAAGCUACAUAAGAGAUUCUUCUGUUGCUGUUAUUGUAUAUGAUGUAGCCAACAGGCAAUCAUUUCUGAACACUAACAAGUGGGUUGAGGAGGUGCGUCAAGAACGUGGUAGUGAUGUUAUAAUUGUCUUGGUUGGAAACAAAACUGAUCUUGUCGAGAAAAGGCAAGUUUCUAUAGAAGAAGGAGAUGCCAAGUCAAAAGAGUUUGGAAUCAUGUUUAUCGAAACCAGUGCAAAAGCAGGCUUCAAUAUCAAGCCUUUGUUUCGUAAGAUUGCUUCCGCCUUGCCAGGGAUGGAAACCCUUUCUUCUACAAAUAAGGAAGACAUGGUUGACGUAAAUUUAAAACCCACAGUGCAUUCAUCCAAUACAGAGCAGCAGGGAGGAGGUUGCUCAUGUUAGAGGAGAUUCUCCAAGAAAUCACUUUAUAUACAUUUUCACUGAGUAUAAUACUGGGAAUGACUUCUUAAAUGUAAAGUAAAGCUGGAGGAAACGUGCUUUCACAUCAAUUAUCCUGCAGUUAAUUGGUGUGUGGGACAAAUUGCGGUAAUGGUUUUGCUGUAUGACAAAAAGAUUAACCGUUAUUUUUUCAUUUGUUAUACAAUUAGUCCCUGGAUGUAAGAUUACAAUAAUAAACAAGCCCUAUAAAUUGUCUGUCUUAGAUGUAUGUUAUUAUUUUUUAUUUGUCAAA